CCGCGACUCCCGAUUCAUCUCAGAACCAAGACGUACCUCCCGCAUGAAUUGAGCCGAGCGCAUCUACAAUUGCGAUGCAAAUGGCCGACGUUCCUCUCAUCCGCUCGGAAAUGCGGAGCCUCGUCAUCUUCCAGACGUCCUGCGGGGUACCUUCCAGAAACGGCUCCACACCAUGAGCUAGUCGUUACUCAAAGACUUCAGGUGUCAAUAUAUACCUCCUGCUAACAACUGCAACCCACAAAACCCUCAAUUGGCCUCCCAGAACCCCCGCAGCUCAUCCCCUCGACCACCACAGCCAUGGCGACCCCCGCCCAAACCCUCCGCGAGAUGCAAGCGCCCAUCAAAGACGAAUACCGCAAGAAUCCCUCCUCCGCCGUCGUCACACUCAAGUCCACCGGCAGCCUCGACUCGUCCUCCAUCACAUGCAAGCUCACCACGGGCGCCGCCGCAAACGAAGCCUCGCGAACCGCCGGCCUGCACCCCAAAGCAGGCGGCCCCGACCCUGACAUCUCCGGCCAACUCUGCUCGGGCGACAUGCUUCUCGAUGCGCUCGUAGCCUGCGCGGGCGUCACACUCAAGGCCGUUGCGACCGCGCUCGGCAUACCCAUUGCGUCUGGCAGCGUGGCGGCGGAGGGCGAUCUGGAUUUCCGGGGGACGCUGGGCGUGGACAAAAGUGCCCCGGUGGGAAUAACGGCGAUACGCAUGGGCUUUGACAUUGAGUUUGGGAAGAGGGAGGAUGGAAAGGAGGUUAGUGAGGAGGAGGUGGAGAGGUUGGGAAAGUUGACGGAGAGAUAUUGCGUGGUGCUGCAGACGUUGGUGAACAAGCCAGAGGUCAGUGUGAGGGUUGUAGGGAAGGGGGACGGGAAGGAGGACGAUGGGAUUACGAGGGAGCUGCAUUGGGGACAUAGGUGUUGAUGGGAGUGGGUUUGGAACGCAAGGAGAGGUGGUCUGGUAGGCAAGGCAAAGCUGCAUUGAUUGCCGCCCAAACCGCAGGAAGCCAUCCAAGCAGAGCAACUACAACGCCUAGCCUUUCCCCAAUGCUCUUAUCAUAUCAAUCUCACUUCCAUAUCCUCCCCAGCGAAGCUUAUUGGGCAGCUCAUACACUCGCCU